CCGUGACCCAUCUCACUGAACAAAGGAUUCCUCUCCGCAAUCUCCAGACCUAAAAUGGCGUCAGUUCUCAUUCCCAGCACCAUAGAGAUAACGGAGAGGCCGUGUUAGAAAAAAAGGCGGACGGCGAGUGGGUAGAGCGGCUGUCUUUAGCAUAAGGCCUCUCUGCCUAUCGCGGCAUUCUGACUCGUUGGUCGUAGUUCUGAGGCUGGACGGGCUUGUCUGAUGAUGGCGACGGAGAAAGACACUGAGAAUUCUAAGAAGUCUUUUCUGCAGGAAAUGCUGGAGAUCCAUAAAGUUCCUUGUGCUCGACAGUCAUUUCUUUAUGGAAUAUUGGGUGGUCUAGGUGUAGGGCUUGGACACUUUUUGGCAACUAGCAAAGUGAGACGAUCCUAUAACUUGGGAAUAGGAGGUUUUUUCGUGACAACAUUAGGAUGCUGGUUCUAUUGUAGAUAUAACAAUGCAAAGCUAAGGUUUCAGCAACGCAUGAUUCAAGAAGCGAUAAAAAACAAGAUACUGUUUGAAGGCACUCAGCUUGAUCCUACAAUGAAGACAGAAACAAACCAUGAAAAAAGCCGUUAGUUUUGGCAAUCCUAUUAAAAUAUUUUGUACUGAUUAUGUGUAAUUAAGGUAUUAACAUAACUGUAAUCUGAUAAAGCAUUUUACUGUGAAAUUCAGUCUUUAUUUUUACUCGCACUUUACCACUGGUUUGUAUGUAAAUAUGUUGCUUUGAGAGCAUGGCAG